AUGCAAAAAGCAAUUGGUACAAGAUAUACAGCAAAAAAAUUAACAGCAAACAUAAAUAAUAUUUGUAAAACUUGCGAUAUAUGUAUAAAGAAUAAAACAAGAGGACAAGCUAAAUAUGGCCUAGUGUCACACUUAGGACCCGCCACAAAACCAUUUGAAAUUAUCUCCAUAGACACAAUUGGAGGCUUCGGAGGCUCGCGGUCGACGCAGAGAUAUCUACAUCUUCUAGUGGAUCACUUCACUCGUUACGCAUAUGUACUAACCUCGAAGACACAGAAUGCAAAGGACUUCAUAAAACUGGUUAGUAAUAUAACGAACUUAAAUGAUAUCGAUAUUAUUCUCGCAGACCAGUACCCUGGAAUAAAUUCAAAGGAACUUAAGACGUUUUUGAAUGACAAAUCAAUUGCGCUAGUUUUCACUGCAGUAAAUUCACCAUUUUCAAAUGGCUUAAAUGAGCGAUUAAAUCAAACGCUUGUCAACAAAAUAAGAUGCCAGAUAAAUGAAAAACCUAACACCAUAGCAUGGACAACAAUUGCUCAUAACUGCGUAAGUAAAUACAACGACACGGAGCAUACGGUCACUGGCUUCGCACCGAGAUACCUACUAGAUAGGACAGAUGUUACAAUUGUGCCAAAUGAAUUAAAACAAGGCAAAAGAAUAGAGGAAUGGAUUGAAGAUAGGAAAAAAGCGUUACAAAAUACAAUAAAAUCUCAUAACUAUAAUAAAAUGUUGAUUGACAGAAAAAGAAAAGACUAUAGUUUUAAUAGGGGUGAUUUGGUAUAUGUUGAGAAUGGACAUAAAUUAAAUAGGAAAAAACUGGAUGAGCUAAGGAUUGGACCUUUUAAAAUUGAAGAAAAAAUAUCAUCUUCAAUAUAUAGAAUAGAUACAGGACACAGAAAAUAG